UUUUUAAUGCUUAAGCUAUGUAAUUUUGGGCAACCGAAAAUAUAAAUUGAUAAAAAUAAAAAUGCUUUCUGUCAAAAUUAUAACAAAAAUAAAAUACUGUAGUCUGGACAGGGCCAAGGAAAAUAGGAGGGGGUUUUAAAGUAAGGUAAAAUAUUUUUAUUAAUGCUUUUUAAACAACACUUAGCACCUAGUGUAGAUAUGCCCUCAGUGCUAUAUAUUGUUUAAAAAUGUGUUAAUUUAACACCUAUUAGCUAUUUUUUCUAGUCUGUAUGAGCCCUGGGUGACAGCAGGCUAAAGCGUUAAACAUACUAUAACCUUUCAAAUGUGUGCCACUGUAAAGUUGAGUUUUAAUGGCUAUAAGAACAGUAGUCUGUUUAACUACUAGCUGGUUAAGCAUGGGGAUCUGUAACUUAGGAAACACAACAAUUGAUUGUUUCUUUUUAGUGUUCUUGUAGAAAGUAACAUAAAGCAAUGAAGAGAUGAUAGAAUAAGGUGAGUUAGUACUGCUGUCUCCUCUGAAAACCAUAAUUCCACAGCAUUUAUGUGGAAAACUGCAUGGUAUUAAUGUGAAUUAAAUCUAAAAGGUUGGAAGUCUAUGGAAAAGAAUGGGUUAUGAUAUUGAGCGUUUUGUUGGCUAUGUUAAUGAAGGACUUUUAUGCUGUAUAUGCCGAGAUGUAUUAGAAGAUCCCUUACAGGCUCCUUGCGAACAUGCUUUCUGUACUGCCUGUAUACAUGGAUGGCUUGUUCAUCACAAUAAUUGCCCUGAAGACAGACAAGCACUUGAUAUGUCUGUGCUACGACAUCUCUACAGAUACAUGAAAAAUGAUCUAAAUCGACUUCAGCUUCAUUGUAAAAACGGAGAGCGUGGUUGUGAAAUGGUUUGUUCUCUAGAAUCUAUAGAUAGACAUGAGAGAGAAUGUGAAUACAGCCAGAUACCCUGCUCAAAUGCUGGUUGUCCAGUUCAGAUUGAACGACGUAACUUAGAUAGCCAUUUGGCAGUGUGUGAAUACCGGAGCCGUGAAUGCCCUAAUGGUUGUGGUUAUACCAUUCUCAGGGCGGAAGACACGCAGCAUAAUUGUGUAGCAGAGCUAAGAACAGAACUAGAACUGCUCCGGUCAGAAAUGAUCUGCAGAGUGGAGGAGGCAAAGCAUGAAAUGGAGUCCAGAUUAGAUUCACAGAGAAGGCAUAUGGUGCAAAAAGAGAGUCUUCUGCAAAAUGAAAUUGAAGAACUAAAGAGUCAGAUGUCACGAAUGAUGUCUGAAGUGCGCUCCCUUAUGGCUGCAGAGAGACAGCAUCGUCAAGAGCUGGAGCAAGCGGAGCUCGAAAAGCGUGAAUUAAUGGAGCUGCUGAAAGGCCUACAGAAAGACUGCCGAUUAAAUAAUACAGAAGGAAACAAGAAAUCAACAAACUUUCGCCCUCUAACACGACUAGAGAGUGUGAAACGAAAACCCAGGGAAGUUACAGUCAUCUAAACAGAAGUAUGACAAAAGCUACUUGAAUGUUGUUUUACCCACAACAGACCUCAAUUUUAUACAAAGGACACAUGAUCAGGUGGACAUCUAUGUUGAUACUAAAAUCUGGAACUAUACAAUGGUAGUAAUAGACCCACGGAUCUUGAAUCAUGGGGUUUCUUACAUUUGAGGACUGCAGGACACUUUGUGAUAUUUGAGCUCUUUCCAGAUUUCUAGACAGACAGACCCUGAGCAUGUGGGUGAAACCCACCAGCCAGACAUCUGAAAUAUAUGCAUGAGGAAAGAGAGCUCCAUGAUGUUACAAGGGUUUAUGCAAGUCUCCAUGCCUGGGUUGGUUAUUUUUUUUCCCUACUGAACUAAAUACUAAGAACAUACUGAGACAAACAAGUAGAAUGUUAGUGAUUGCAGUAAGUCUGUUGUGGAAGCAGAAUUAGCACUUAGGGAUUAAGACCUGAAGAUAUCCCACUAAUCUUUAUCAAAUAUUUUAUUAAUUUAGUACACUGUAGUUUCACUUAACCCAGCUAACCCAAUAACUUAAACUGAGUCAGCACAUCUUUCAAGACACAGCCCUUUCUGGCUCUUGCACCAUCAAUUCCCAUUCACCCUUGCAGCUCAGUUUUUUUCAUAGAACCAUACAGUUCCUAUGGAACAAGUAGUGAGCCAGCCUAGAUUGCUGUUGCUGCAAAUAAUUGCUUUCUUUCUUGAAAUGUAGCAGUAGAAUAGUGUUCAGUGAGCACCUGUUGGUUUCAAUUACUCUUCUGAGUGCAAGACUUUCAGGAGAACCUACAUCUGCUGUGUACCUGAGUUGCAAUGUACCAGUUUGCUUGUAAGCACCCAUGUAAUUUUAAUUAGGCUGAUUCUAAUAUUAAGUUACAUUUUCAUCUCAAUCAUUAUUGUUUGUGUGUGUUAGCAGAUGGUUAGCUUAACAUCACAAUUGCAUGGGAAAUUUCUUUUCCUUAUUAGUAGCGGACAAGUGAAUUAUGUAGCCAGGUAACAUAUAUGCAAUUACAGUAAACAUUUUAGUUGCAAAGUUAUUAUAUUAUAUACAUUCUUAGGUGCUUUAAGAAGUUUUUUUAAAAAGUGACCCUCAGACAGUGAACAGGUCCUGGACUAUAUUUAAAUAAGAAUCCUUCUGAAAUUUGCUACACUCUUCCCCUGGAAUGUGUUUUUGAUAGUCCUUCUCUACAGAUUAUUUAAGGAGUCUGGGAUAACUUAUGUGGAAUGGUGCCAGCAUUUUCCUUUCUCAUGAACAUCUUUUGCAUAGACCCAUACAGUUUAUCCUUGGUACAUAGGGGCAUCUUAUGCAGUUUUCUCAUAUUGACAGAUACCUUUCUAAAUACCUAUAAGUCUAUGCAACUUUUAUAUUAACAAACGAACUUUAAAAUGUCUUCCAGCCACAUGGUUCAUUCCCAAACUGAAAUUAGAUUUUUUUUUUUUUUUACAUUUAAUAAAAAAUGGGAAAUGGGCUCAAAAGUGGAAUUUGGGGGCUAAAUGUCAUAUUGUGUCUAGAAGAGCUAACAGGUAGCUUGUAACCAUUUGAUUUGCUCUGUGUAUAAAAGUUGAGCUACUCAAGUGUUCAUAAAAGUAGUUAUUCAUUUUGCUUCUCUUCUUUUCAUUAUGAAAGAUCAGGUAUCCUCCCCUUGCCUAAUAAAAGAGUGAGACAUACAUGCAAAUAAACUUGCUUUCAUUAUUCCCAGUGUACUUCACUCAACAUGCAGGAAAAUGAGAGACUAAAGUACUGUAAUAGGGACAGGUACUUUAUUAAAAGGGACAUAAUGAAUAGGGGUCAUAGUUAAAGGUCUUUGUCUGACCCAUGACUGGGAUACAUUAAAUAAUAAACAGGGCUAGCAUUUGAUCAAAACAGCACUCUCCUCAAAGACUUUACAUCUCCUCUUCACAGCUGGGAGUUCUUGCUGCCAUUGUCUCAGGGGUGUAGGCAAAGGCAGGCAGCCAUGUUGAAGGGAAGAUGAUACAGGCCUUAGAAGUUACAGGUGCCUAGGGUGCAGUAGGGAGGGGGUCUAGGUCCUGCUUAGCAGCUAUUGAUUCAGGAUAAACAGAACUUGCUAUCCACUGCUUAAAGCGUUCUCAUCACAGACUCUAUUGCAGUAAGGCCUAAAGACCCCUUCUAUUGUGGGUAGGCCUCUGUGUUGGAAACUAUACAAAAACAGGAUGCCUCAGUCUCUGCCACCCACAAGAGUGCACUCUAUGGCUGAAACUUUCUAGAGACUCUUUUGCUUUGGCAGCAACACCAUCUACCAUUUGGCUUUUCUGAGAGGCAUUAUGGAGCUGGUAGUAAUCUUAAUCUAUCAUGUAUUUCAUUUACCUCCUCUGAGGGUAGAGUGUAUCAUUGGGCUAGAAACUGCUCAGUGGAAAAAAUUCAAUUUGACAAUUAUCUUAAUGAAAAUGGACAUUAACUAAUCAUAAAAAACUGGCAGAUCUUGCUAGAGAACAUUCUACCUUAGAUACUGGCUGUUUACAGUUUUACUAGGGCCACAGUGGUAGAAAGAAGAAAAUCUGGUGCACACUGCUCCUUUACAAUAAACUUAAGAGGUUUGUAAAGUAUGCAAUAGGUGAAGAUUACAUACAUGGUCAUUCUUAGCUAGAACACCUGGAGUUUUAUAAAGAAACAUGCUAAAUUAGUCAGGAAAGACCAAACCAUCUUUAGGGAAAGUGUCUCAUUAUGACACUGUCAGAUUCAAAAGUCCCACCCUUUGAAGGCUCCAAUUUGAUUGUGGGGAGUGCUUUGGUACAGAGCAAAAUGGCUGAUAUGUCUUAACUUGUGCAAACAUGGAUGCUGCUGCGCUACAUUUUUACUCUCUCCCCUCUUGCUUUCUGGAGCCCUGUUGUUUCUGUGUAUUUUUCCCCACAAGGGAGCCAAGCUUGAGGCCUAGGAACUUUACAUUGUUUUACAGCCCUGAACAAUUAACCUAGCUAGGGUCCAAAAUGCAACACUAAUACUCCUGAACUAAUAUUAGUCCCCAACUCUGCAGUUACUCUCUCACACACGAGCUCAAUGGAACUUCUCCUGUGCAAAUAUUUUCAGGACUAAGGCCACAGCCAUUAACUGCCUAACAGCAUUGUUGCUGAACUGAGUGAACAUGAAGAGCAAACCUGACCUACCUGUCCUGUCGAUCCCUGAACGGCUACCUACACAGGACUGAUGAGGAGAGGAGUAAAGGAACCAAAGAUGUUCUCAUUAUUAAAAUAAGAUCUAACAGCUGUAUGGCAGAAAUGUACCUAGACUGAUUUAAAUAGUUUCCACUUCAGCUCUUAACAAAAAUAACACUUUAAACAUUCAAAGAUGACUUUUGGUGGUCUAGAUAAUAGAUUUCCAUUAGGGGAAAAACAGGUACUCUAGCUACUGUAACAUUGCCUCAUUUCUCCUUAGAAGAAGUCAAUGGGACUGCUUGCAAAGAAAGCUGCUAUUCAGCACUAAUCUGGUCCUUUGGCAUUAGCCACUUCCAGUGCUCUAGUCAAUUAGAAAACAACGUUCCAAGUUAAAUUAAAAAGUGGAAUUUAAUGUUUUAAACCUGAGUUGCUCAUGGUAAGAAUUCAAUUUAAAUGUAUCAAAGCAAGUAAAUUAAUUUUAAACAUAGCAUUUACAGCAUGAUUUCAAGUUAAUUUAACCUGGAGAAUGAAUUCCCACAAAUAUUUAAGUCCUAUGCAACUACAAGGCCUAGAACUAUGUUUAAAGUAACUGUAGACAUACUGCUCAUUUUCAAGUUUGACUAAUGAUUUACUGAGAUUUUGUUCACCUCGAUCAAUUUUACCAGCCUUUUAUUUGUUUGAAAAUGACAAGCAUGACAUGCUGUAUUUCAAACUGUCAAGAACCAACUGAAUAUUUAGUUUAUUACGUACUUCAAGCUUUUCCUUAAUUUUUCACUUCAAAUUCCCUGACUCAAACCAAAUCACUCACAUCCUUGCUGCAGUUUCAUGAGUUGUAAAGUUUCUAAAAAACAAAAACAAAAAAACCUCAAACCCAUGGUUUAAAGGCGCCUCAGUCUGCUUUACAAAAUAUUUAUGCAAUGCUCCUCAAUUUAAAAAAAUAGCAUUAAUACCUAUGUUUGCUAGAUCACCCGUUUUGGUCAUUACAAUUGCAUUAGUAAAAUUCCAUCUUCCUUGA